AUGACUACAUCAACGGUGGAGCUGCACGCGCUCACAUCUGCAUCGCUCGGGCCAGAUGACUCCAUCACCCUUUACGAAAAUCCCUAUACGGCGCUCGACAAGCUACAAGAUGCCAGUAAAGACAAGGAAAUCGAGUCGUCCGGCGAUGUCAAUGGCGUCGACUGGCGUAAAUACGAACCUCCGGCCGCCCUUAGAAAAGCACCGACUGUCAAAUCCCAAAUCCUCCUAGAUAUCAUCUUCAGUUCGAUUGAAAACGUCAAGACAAGAGUCGAAGAAGAAGAACGGUUGCAGAAAGAGGCUUCUGAAGAAGCUGAGCGACGGACAGCCGAAGAGAAGCACAGGGCAAAAGGCAAAGAGCCUUAUUUGCCCGUCAUCAUUCCCAUGGAGGACUCACCAGCCGAAUCAUCAUCAAAUAUCAAUGCUAAACGCACAGUCACACCAAGGGCAGCAUCCGACUUCAAGAUGUCAGGAGGCAGCGGCCUUCCGUCAAAAGGAGAGAAGCGUCGAAAAUUUGGACUACGCAAUAUAUUUCAGCGGAGCCCAGAAGGAGGAGAAACAAGUGCUGCUGGACGGUCCCGGGAAGCUCUACGACACAAGCUAGAGGCGAAGAUUCUAUCCUUUGAUGCGAAAUCAGCCGAUCCGAAAACACAGGAAGCUAUCGAGGCUCUGCGAAAGUCCAAGUUGUUCAAGACGGUAGAUCCUGAUCAACUAGUAGAAUGCGUCUCUUGUUUGGACGAUAUCCCCGGAAAGGACACGGUUAAAGUCCCGUGCCACAGCUACUGCCGUGACUGCUUCGCUCGCCUUAUAUCAGCAGCAGUUCAAAAUGAACAGCAGUGGCCACCUAAAUGCUGCUUGAACCAGAUUCCCUUCAAGACGGUCCUCAAGAAUAUUCCCGAUGAUCUCAAGAAGAUGUUUCACGAAAGGUCAUCGGAGUGGGAAAUCCCCAUCAGCGAGCGAGUGUACUGCCAUGCCCCUGACUGUGGUGUUUGGAUCAAGCCCGGCAAAAUCAGCCUUGCGAAGCGUCAAGCCCGCUGUGAACGCAAUCACGUCACCUGCACUAUUUGCCGAGGCCAAGCGCACGGGAACAACGACUGCUCCCAGGAUCAUGACUUGAAUUUGACCAACUUGCUGGCGGAAGAGGAAGGCUGGAAACACUGCAUCUCUUGCCAUGCGUUAGUGGAACACAAAGAGGCAUGCCAACACAUGACGUGCAGGUGUGGCGCUGAGUUUUGUUACGUGUGCGGAUUGCGGUGGCGAACAUGCGGGUGUACAAUGGAACAGCUACAUGCCAUCAAAGAGGCGGCUGAGGCGCGGAGGGAACAGCGACUGUUGAACGAACAGGCGGAUGCGGAAGAGUUGCGAGACAUUUUGGCUCAGAUUGAGGAAUUCGAGCGCCAGGAGGCUUUGAGGCUUGAGGCGGAAAGACUGGAGCACGAAAGGUUGGAGCAGGAACGUUGGCGAGCUGUGGUCGAGGAAAGGCUUAGGGUGGAAAAUAUCCGCCGUCAAGAUGUCGAGAUCAAGUACGGACAGUUGCGAGACAUACUGGAUGACCUUCAUGAGCUUCAGCAUAUCAUGGCUGAUUCCAAACAGGAAGACGAUGCCAGGGACCUGGCCACUGAAGCCGAACUGCAAAAGAAGCAGCUUAAGGAGAGGCAUCAGGCCAAGCGCGAGGACCUUGACUCGUCGAUGCAGGCCAAGCUCAGAGCCAGGGAAGAUCAAUAUGAGAAAGAAUAUGCUGCUCGAGCGGCCUUGGAACGUCAACUAGAAAACGAUUACCUGCAACAGCUUCGCGAGUUUUGGAGUGACAAGGAUGGAGGAGAAGAGAGGAUCGAAGCAAGCAUGCAGCCGUUGCGCCAGCGGAUGGAUUCCGCAUACCAGGCGUGGCAGAGGUGGAGAGACGACCAACUGGCCCAUUAUCGAGACCGGCUCGAAGAUGAGCGGACUGUGAAAGAAGAGUUCAUGUACAGCUCGAGUAAAAGGAUGGAUGCAGCCUACUUGGACAAAGAGGCGGAGUUAGCGAGACGAAUCGUUGCCGAGAAGGAGUGGAUUCAGGAGGUGAUGCAGGAGCGUGAGCGAUUGCUCAGCGUAAUGGAAGCUCAAGAGACGGAAGAAGAUGCAGACAGUCUGUAUGGCCUCGAGUUGGACGGUUAA